UCUCCCUAAACAAUGCCGUCGGCUUGUCCACUCCAAUACUUCUUCUCGCCGAGCUUCGCUGAUAAAAAAUCAAAGGUCGUCUUUCUCACCACCUUCGAUCGCCAGCGAUUCUAUUAUCUUUGACGUUGCGAGUGGCGGCUUCCUUCUCUCCACUGUGUUUGCCGAGACACGAGUUUAUCUGAAUGGAUGGUCAAAGAUUUAAGCAAACAAGAGAUCCGUACAAUCUGCGAAGAGAACGGGAUCUGUUAAAUGUUCCUUUAGCAGAGGCAAAUCUGGAUUUCCUCACCAAAGACUCUGCUGAAGAUUUUCGUUUGCCGAUCAAUCACAGACCUGUGGAGAACCUUAACUUAGAGGACCUCGAGCAAGCGUCUCUGGAUACAAAGCUCACUUCCUCGAAUGUUGGUUAUAGGCUUCUACAGAAGAUGGGAUGGAAAGGGAAGGGCCUUGGCAAAGAUGAGCAAGGCAUAGUUGAACCCAUAAAAGCGGGCAUCCGGGAUCCAAAAUUAGGUGUGGGAAAGCAAGAACAAGAUGACUUUUUUACCGCUGAAGAGAAUGUCCAGAGGAGAAAACUCGAAGUUGAACUCGACGAGACCGAGGAGCUCGCUAAGAAGCGAGAGGUUAUAGCAGAGCGCGGACAGAAGAUCCAAACUGAGGUGAAGGAAAUAAAGAAGGUGUUUUUUUGCAGUCUCUGCUGCAAGCAAUAUAAGUUGGCUGUGGAAUUUGAAGCACAUUUGAGUUCUUAUGACCACAACCAUAGAAAGCGGUUUAAGGAAAUGAGAGAAAUGCAUGCCGGCAGCAGUCGUGAUGAUAGGCAGAAAAAGGAGCAAUUGCGCCAAGAAAAAGAGCUGGCCAAGUUUGCUGCGCAAAUGGCAGAUGCUCACAGAAGACAGCAUGGGCAGCUUCAAGAACAGAGUGAGGUCUCAAAAGAAUCAAGCAAGGGAGAAAGUGCUUUUCCUGUUAAUGAUCAACGACAGACUUUGAAGUUUGGGUUCACCUCAAAGCUCGGUUCUACUAAGAACUCUGCCGCAGCUAAGAAAGCAAAGAUAGGCGUAAAGGUUACAUCAGUGUUUGGCAAUGAUAGUGAUGAUGAAUCUUGAUUUAUAUACUGCAGCUUUCUGAAAAGAUCUACGACCAAUUGGCUGAAGAUUCUUCCUAAAAUGUAAUUGGGGGAUUUACACAAAUACCUUGUUGUUUGUUAUAUAUUUAUAUCUUUUAUUACCUAAAUUUUAUAGUUUUCUCAUGUAACAUUUUGAUUGCAUUGAUAAUAUCAAACAUGUAUGAGAAAAUAUGGUUUAUUUUUAAAAAAUGGGCAUUUACAUACAUACCCACCCAAUUU